AUGCCCCAUGCUCAUGCCCCAUGCCAUGCUCAUGCCCCAUCCCCAUGCCCCAUCCCCAUGCCCCAUCCCCAUGCCCCAUCCCCAUGCCCCAUGCUCAUGCCCCAUGCUCAUGCCCCAUGCUCAUGCCCCAUGCUCAUGCCCCAUGCUCAUGCCCCAUGCUCAUGCCCCAUGCUCAUGCCCCAUCCCCAUGCCCCAUCCCCAUGCCCCAUCCCCAUGCCCCAUGCUCAUGCCCCAUGCUCAUGCCCCAUGCUCAUGCCCCAUGCUCAUGCCCCAUGCUCAUGCCCCAUGCUCAUGCCCCAUCCCCAUGCCCCAUCCCCAUGCCCAUCCCCAUGCCCCAUGCUCAUGCCCAUGCUCAUGCCCCAUGCUCAUGCCCCAUGCUCAUGCCCCAUGCUCAUGCCCCAUGCUCAUGCCCCAUCCCCAUGCCCCAUCCCCAUGCCCCAUCCCCAUGCCCCAUCCCCAUGCCCCAUCCCCAUGCCCCAUGCUCAUGCCCCAUGCUCAUGCCCCAUGCUCAUGCCCCAUGCUCAUUGCCCCAUGCUCAUGCCCCAUGCUCAUGCCCCAUGCUCAUGCCCCAUGCUCAUGCCCCAUCCCCAUGCCCCAUCCCCAUGCCCCAUCCCCAUGCCCCAUGCUCAUGCCCCAUGCUCAUGCCCCAUGCUCAUGCCCCAUGCUCAUGCCCCAUGCUCAUGCCCCAUGCUCAUGCCCCAUGCUCAUGCCCCAUGCUCAUGCCCCAUGCUCAUGCCCCAUGCUCAUGCCCCAUGCUCAUGCCCCAUCCCCAUGCCCCAUCCCCAUGCCCCAUCCCCAUGCCCCAUGCUCAUGCCCCAUGCUCAUGCCCCAUGCUCAUGCCCCAUGCUCAUGCCCCAUGCUCAUGCCCCAUGCUCAUGCCCCAUGCUCAUGCCCCAUGCUCAUGCCCCAUGCUCAUGCCCCAUCCCCAUGCCCCAUCCCAUGCCCCCUGCUCAUGCCCCAUGCUCAUGCCCCAUGCUCAUGCCCCAUGCUCAUGCCCAUGCUCAGGCCCCAUGCUCAUGCCCCAUGCUCAUGCCCCAUGCUCAUCCCCUGCUCAUGCCCAUGCUCAUAGCCCCAUGCUCAUGCCCAUGCUCAUGCCCCAUGCUCAUGCCCCAUCCCCAUGCCCCUCCCCAUGCCCCAUGCUCCAUGCCCCAUGCUCAUGCCCCAUGCUCAUGCCCCAUGCUCAUGCCCCAUGCUCAUGCCCAUGCUCAUGCCCCAUGCUCAUGCCCCAUGCUCAUGGCCCCAUCUCAUGCACCAUGCUCAUGCCCCAUGCUCAUGCCCCAUGCUCAUGCCCCAUGCUCAUGCCCAUGCCCCAUGCUCAUGCCCCAUGCUCAUGCCCCAUGCUCAUGCCCCAUGCUCAUGGCCCAUGCUCAUUGCCCCAUGCUCAUGCACCAUGCUCAUGCCCCAUGCUCAUGCCCCAUGCUCAUGCCCCAUGCUCAUGCCCCAUGCUCAUUGCCCCAUGCUCAUGCCCCAUGCUCAUGCCCCAUGCUCCAGCCCAUGCUCAUGCCCCAUGCUCAUGCCCCAUGCUCAUGCCCAUGCUCAUGCCCCAUGCUCAUGCCCCAUGCUCAUGCCCCAUGCUCAUGCCCCUGCUCAUGCCCCAUGCUCAUGCCCAUGCUCAUGCCCCAUGCUCAUGCCCCAUGCUCAUGCCCCAUGCUCAUGCCCCAAUGCUCAUGCCCCAUGCUUCAUGCCCCAUGCUCAUGCCCCAUGCUCAUGCCCCAUGCUCAUGCCCCAUGCUCAUGCCCCAUGCUCAUGCCCCAUGCUCAUGCCCCAUGCUCAUGCCCCAUGCUCAUGCCCCAUGCUCAUGCCCCCUGCUCCAUGCCCCAUGCUCAUGCCCCAUGCUCAUGCCCCAUGCUCAUGCCCCAUGCUCAUGCCCCAUGCUCAUGCCCCAUGCUCAUGCCCCAUGCUCAUGCCCCAUGCUCAUGCCCCAUGCUCAUGCCCCAUGCUCAUGCCCCAUGCUCAUGCCCCAUGCUCAUGCCCCAUGCUCAUGCCCCAUGCUCAUGCCCCAUGCUCAUGCCCCAUGCUCAUGCCCCAUGCUCAUGCCCCAUGCUCAUGCCCCAUGCUCAUGCCCCAUGCUCAUGCCCCAUGCUCAUGCCCCAUGCUCAUGCCCCAUGCUCAUGCCCCAUCCCCAUCCCCAUGCCCCAUCCCCAUGCCCCAUCCCCAUGCCCCAUGCUCAUGCCCCAUGCUCAUGCCCCAUGCUCAUGCCCCAUGCUCAUGCCCCAUGCUCAUGCCCCAUGCUCAUGCCCCAUGCUCAUGCCCCAUGCUCAUGCCCCAUGCUCAUGCCCCAUGCUCAUGCCCCAUGCUCAUGCCCCAUGCUCAUGCCCCAUGCUCAUGCCUCAUGCUCAUGCCCCAUGCUCAUGCCCCAUGCUCAUGCCCCAUGCUCAUGCCCCAUGCUCAUGCCCCAUGCUCAUGCCCCAUGCUCAUGCCCCAUGCUCAUGCCCCAUGCUCAUGCCCCAUGCUCAUGCCCCAUGCUCAUGCCCCAUGCUCAUGCCCCAUGCUCAUGCCCCAUGCUCAUGCCCCAUGCUCAUGCCCAUGCUCAUGCCCCAUGCUCAUGCCCCAUGCUCAUGCCCCAUGCUCAUGCCCCAUGCUCAUGCCCCAUGCUCAUGCCCCAUGCUCAUGCCCCAUGCUCAUGCCCCAUGCUCAUGCCCCAUGCUCAUGCCCCAUGCUCAUGCCCCAUGCUCAUGCCCCAUGCUCAUGCCCCAUGCUCAUGCCCCAUGCUCAUGCCCCAUGCUCAUGCCCCAUGCUCAUGCCCCAUGCUCAUGCCCCAUGCUCAUGCCCCAUGCUCAUGCCCCAUGCUCAUGCCCCAUGCUCAUGCCCCAUGCUCAUGCCCCAUGCUCAUGCCCCAUGCUCAUGCCCCAUGCUCAUGCCCCAUGCUCAUGCCCCUCCAUGCCCCAUGCUCAUGCCCCAUGCUCAUGCCCCAUGCUCAUGCCCCAUGCUCAUGCCCCAUGCUCAUGCCCCAUGCUCAUGCCCAUGCUCAUGCCCCAUGCUCAUGCCCCAUGCUCAUGCCCCAUGCUCAUGCCCCAUGCUCAUGCCCCAUGCCCAUGCCCCAUGCUCAUGCCCCAUGCUCAUGCCCCAUGCUCAUGCCCCCAUGCUCAUGCCCCAUGCUCAAUGCCCCAUGCUCAUGCCCCAUGCUCAUGCCCCAUGCUCAUGCCCCAUGCUCAUGCCCCAUGCUCAUGCCCCCAUGCCCCAUCCCAUGCCCCAUGCUCAUGCCCCAUGCUCAUUGCCCCAUGCUCAUGCCCCAUGCUCAUGCCCCAUGCUCAUGCCCCAUGCUCAUGCCCCAUGCUCAUGCCCCAUGCUCAUGCCCCAUGCUCAUGCCCCAUGCUCAUGCCCCAUGCUCAUGCCCCAUGCUCAUGCCCCAUGCUCAUGCCCCAUGCUCAUGCCCCAUGCUCAUGCCCCAUGCUCAUGCCCCAUGCUCAUGCCCCCCAUGCUCAUGCCCCAUGCUCAUGCCCCAUGCUCAUGCCCCAUGCUCAUGCCCCAUGCUCAUGCCCCCAUGCUCAUGCCCCCAUGCUCAUGCCCAUGCUCAUGCCCCAUGCUCAUGCCCCAUGCUCAUGCCCCAUGCUCAUGCCCCAUGCUCAUGCCCCAUGCUCAUGCCCCCAUGCUCAUGCCCCAUGCUCAUGCCCCAUGCUCAUGCCCCAUGCUCAUGCCCCAUGCUCAUGCCCCAUGCUCAUGCCCCAUGCUCAUGCCCCAUGCUCAUGCCCCAUGCUCAUGCCCCAUGCUCAUGCCCCAUGCUCAUGCCCCAUGCUCAUGCCCCAUGCUCAUGCCCCAUGCUCAUGCCCCAUGCUCAUGCCCCAUGCUCAUGCCCCAUGCUCAUGCCCCAUGCUCAUGCCCCAUGCUCAUGCCCAUGCUCAUGCCCCAUGCUCAUGCCCCAUGCUCAUGCCCCAUGCUCAUGCCCCAUGCUCAUGCCCCAUGCUCAUGCCCCAUGCUCAUGCCCCCAUGCUCAUGCCCCAUGCUCAUGCCCCAUGCUCAUGCCCCAUGCUCAUGCCCCAUGCUCAUGCCCCAUGCUCAUGCCCCAUGCUCAUCCCAUGCUCAUCCCCAUGCUCAUGCCCCAUGCUCAUGCCCCAUGCUCAUGCCCAUGCUCAUGCCCCAUGCUCAUGCCCCAUGCUCAUGCCCCAUGCUCAUGCCCCAUGCUCAUGCCCCAUGCUCAUGCCCCAUGCUCAUGCCCCAUGCUCAUGCCCCAUGCUCAUGCCCCAUGCUCAUGCCCAUGCUCAUGCCUAUGCCCCAUGCUCAUGCCCCAUGCUCAUGCCCCAUGCUCAUGCCCCAUGCUCAUGCCCCAUGCUCAUGCCCCAUGCUCAUGCCCCAUGCUCAUGCCCCAUGCUCAUGCCCCAUGCUCAUGCCCCAUGCUCAUGCCCCAUGCUCAUGCCCCAUGCUCAUGCCCCAUGCUCAUGCCCCAUGCUCAUGCCCAUGCUCAUGCCCAUGCUCAUGCCCCAUGCUCCAUGCCCCAUGCUCAUGCCCCAUGCUCCAUGCCCCAUGCUCAUGCCCCAUGCUCAUGCCCCAUGCUCAUGCCCCAUGCUCAUGCCCCAUGCUCAUGCCCAUGCUCAUGCCCCAUCCCCAUGCCCCCAAUGCCUCAUGCCCCAUGCUCAUGCCCCAUGCUCAUGCCCCAUGCUCAUGCCCCAUGCUCAUGCCCCAUGCUCAUGCCCCAUGCUCAUGCCCCCUGCUCAUGCCCCAUGCUCAUGCCCCAUGCUCAUGCCCCAUGCUCAUGCCCCAUGCCUCCAUGCCCCCAUGCUCAUGCCCCAUGCUCAUGCCCCAUGCUCAUGCCCAUGCUCAUGCCCCAUGCUCAUGCCCCAUGCUCAUGCCCCAUGCUUCAUGCCCCAUGCUCAUGCCCCAUGCUCAUGCCCAUGCUCAUGCCCCAUGCUCAUGCCCCAUGCUCAUGCCCCAUGCUCAUGCCCCCACCCAUCCCCAUGCUCAUGCCCCCCCAUGCUCAUGCCCCAUGCUCAUGCCCCCAUGCAUCUGCCCCAUGCUCAUGCCCCAUGCUCAUGCCCCAUGCUCAUGCCCCAUGCUCAUGCCCCAUGCUCAUGCCCCAUGCUCAUGCCCCAUGCUCAUGCCCCAUGCUCAUGCCCCAUCCCCAUGCCCCAUCCCCAUGCCCCAUGCUCAUGCCCCAUGCUCAUGCCCCAUGCUCAUGCCCCAUGCUCAUGCCCCAUGCUCAUGCCCCAUGCUCAUGCCCCAUGCUCAUGCCCCAUGCUCAUGCCCAUGCUCAUGCCCCAUGCUCAUGCCCCAUGCUCAUGCCCCAUGCUCAUGCCCCAUGCUCAUGCCCCAUCCUCAUGCCCCAUGCUCAUGCCCCAUGCUCAUGCCCCAUGCUCAUGCCCCAUGCUCAUGCCCCAUGCUCAUGCCCCAUGCUCAUGCCCCAUGCUCAUGCCCAUGCUCAUGCCCCAUGCUCAUGCCCCAUGCUCAUGCCCCAUGCUCAUGCCCCAUGCUCAUGCCCCAUGCUCAUGCCCCAUGCUCAUGCCCCAUGCUCAUGCCCCAUGCUCAUGCCCCAUGCUCAUGCCCCAUGCCCCAUGCUCAUGCCCCCAUGCUCAUGCCCCAUGCUCAUGCCCAUGCUCAUGCCCCAUGCUCAUGCCCCAUGCUCAUGCCCCAUGCUCAUGCCCCAUGCUCAUGCCCCAUGCUCAUGCCCCAUGCUCAUGCCCCAUGCUCAUGCCCCAUGCUCAUGCCCCAUGCUCAUGCCCCAUGCUCAUGCCCCAUGCUCAUGCCCCAUGCUCAUGCCCCAUGCUCAUGCCCCAUGCUCAUGCCCCAUGCUCAUGCCCCAUGCUCAUGCCCCAUGCUCAUGCCCCAUGCUCAUGCCCCAUGCUCAUGCCCCAUGCUCCAUGCCCCAUCCCCAUGCCCCAUGCUCAUGCCCCAUGCUCAUGCCCCAUGCUCAUGCCCCAUGCUCAUGCCCCAUGCUCAUGCCCCAUGCUCAUGCCCCAUGCUCAUGCCCCAUGCUCAUGCCCCAUGCUCAUGCCCCAUGCUCAUGCCCCAUGCUCAUGCCCCAUGCUCAUGCCCCAUGCUCAUGCCCCAUGCUCAUGCCCCAUGCUCAUGCCCCAUGCCCAUGCCCCAUCCCUCAUGCCCCAUGCUCAUGCCCCAUGCUCAUGCCCCAUGCAUGCCCCAUGCUCAUGCCCCAUGCUCAUGCCCCAUGCUCAUGCCCCAUGCUCAUGCCCCAUGCUCAUGCCCCAUGCUCAUGCCCCAUGCUCAUGCCCCAUGCUCAUGCCCCAUGCUCAUGCCCCAUGCUCAUGCCCCAUGCUCAUGCCCCAUGCUCAUGCCCCAUCCCCCAUGCUCUGCCCCAUGCUCAUGCCCCAUGCUCAUGCCCCAUGCUCAUGCCCCAUGCUCAUGCCCCAUGCUCAUGCCCCAUGCUCAUGCCCCAUGCUCAUGCCCCAUAGCUCAUGCCCCAUGCUCAUGCCCCAUGCUCAUGCAUGCCCCAUGCCUCAUGCCCCAUGCUCAUGCCCCAUGCUCAUGCCCCAUGCUCAUGCCCCAUGCUCAUGCCCCAUGCUCAUGCCCCAUGCUCAUGCCCCAUGCUCAUGCCCCAUCCCCAUGCCCCAUGCUCAUGCCCCAUGCUCAUGCCCCAUGCUCAUGCCCCAUGCUCAUGCCCCAUGCUCAUGCCCCAUGCUCAUGCCCCAUGCUCAUGCCCCAUGCUCAUGCCCCAUGCUCAUGCCCCAUGCUCAUGCCCCAUGCUCAUGCCCCAUGCUCAUGCCCCAUGCUCAUGCCCCAUGCUCAUGCCCCAUGCUCAUGCCCCAUGCUCAUGCCCCAUGCUCAUGCCCCAUGCUCAUGCCCCAUGCUCAUGCCCCAUGCUCAUGCCCCAUGCUCAUGCCCCAUGCUCAUGCCCCAUGCUCAUGCCCCAUGCUCAUGCCCCAUGCUCAUGCCCCAUGCUCAUGCCCCUAUGCUCAUGCCCCAUGCUCAUGCCCCAUGCUCAUGCCCCAUGCUCAUGCCCCAUGCUCAUGCCCCAUGCUCAUGCCCCAUGCUCAUGCCCCAUGCUCAUGCCCCAUGCCUCAUGCCCCAUGCUCAUGCCCCAUGCUCAUGCCCCAUGCUCAUGCCCCAUGCUCAUGCCCCAUGCUCAUGCCCCAUGCUCAUGCCCCAUGCUCAUGCCCCAUGCUCAUGCCCCAUGCUCAUGCCCCAUGCUCAUGCCCCAUGCUCAUGCCCCAUGCUCAUGCCCCAUGCUCAUGCCCCAUGCUCAUGCCCCAUGCUCAUGCCCCAUGCUCAUGCCCCAUGCUCAUGCCCCAUGCUCAUGCCCCAUGCUCAUGCCCCAUGCUCAUGCCCCAUGCUCAUGCCCCAUGCUCAUGCCCCAUGCUCAUGCCCCAUGCUCAUGCCCCAUGCUCAUGCCCCAUGCUCAUGCCCCAUGCUCAUGCCCCAUGCUCAUGCCCCAUGCUCAUGCCCCAUGCUCAUGCCCCAUGCUCAUGCCCCAUGCUCAUGGCCCCAUGCUCCCAUGCCCCAUGCUCAUGCCCCAUGCUCAUGCCCCAUUGCUCAUGCCCCAUGCUCAUGCCCCAUGCUCAUGCCCCAUGCUCAUGCCCCAUUGCUCAUGCCCCAUGCUCAUGCCCCAUGCUCAUGCCCCAUGCUCAUGCCCAUGCCAUCCCCAUGCCCCAUGCCCUCAUGCCCCAUCCCCAUGCCCCCAUGCUCAUGCCCCAUGCUCAUGCCCCCUGCUCAUGCCCCAUGCUCAUGCCCCAUGCUCAUGCCCCAUGCUCAUGCCCCAUGCUCAUGCCCCAUGCUCAUGCCCCAUGCUCAUGCCCCAUGCUCAUGCCCCAUGCCAUGCCCCAUGCUCAUGCCCCAUGCUCAUGCCCCCAUGCUCAUGCCCCAUGCUCAUGCCCCAUGCUCAUGCCCAUCCCCAUGCCCCAUCCCCAUGCCCCAUCCCAUGCCCAUGCUCAUGCCCCAUGCUCAUGCCCCAUGCUCAUGCCCCAUGCUCAUGCCCCAUGCUCAUGCCCAUGCUCAUGCCCCAUGCUCAUGCCCCAUGCUCAUGCCCCAUGCUCAUGCCCCAUGCUCAUGCCCCAUGCUCAUGCCCCAUGCUCAUGCCCCAUGCUCAUGUCCCCAUGCUCAGUGCCCCAUCCCCAUGCCCCCAUCCCCAUGCACCCAUGCCUCUCAUGCCCCAUGCUCAUGCCCCCAUGCUCAUGCCCCAUGCUCAUGCCCCAUGCUCAUGCCCCCAUGCUCAUGCCCCAUGCUCAUGCCCCAUAG